CCCCACUUUCCAUUUUCACUCCCCACUCUCCACUCUCUCUCUCUCUCUCUCUCUCUCUCUCUCGGAUAUAUGAUGCUAGGAAAACGCCAGAGGGGUCCUAUCAGGAGAACUGCAAGCAUGAAAGGGAUCAACGUGGAUCUGAACGACGCCGUGGAAGUUUCAGAACCGUCCGAUUAUCCUCAUCAAAACCUGGUGAUCAAUGGUCAGGCGGUUCGGUCACCGUACGAUGGAAGCGGGAGCAUGGUGUUGGGUGGUGGGCCCAGUGGGUUCGACCACCGUGUGAUGGCGAUGGUGUCUCCCAGGUACAACAACAACAACAAAAGGAGUGCUGCAGGCGGCGGGGGCGGUGCAGUUGUAGAGACGGCUCACUUUUUGAAGACGUGUGGUCUCUGCAACCGUCGGUUGACAGCUGGCCGUGAUAUCUACAUGUAUAGGGGAGAUACUGCAUUUUGUAGUCAAGAGUGCAGGGAGCAACAAAUGAAACAUGAUGAGAGGAAAGAGAAGUACUCAUUGGCAGCUUCUAAGAAAGAUGGAAAUCAUCGCCACCACUCGCCUCCGAACACCGCCACUGCCACCGCAACCUCUGACGUUGGAUUAUAUAUUAGCUAGUACUAAUGCAUGUUCUUACUUUCUCUAGCUAAUUACUUACCCAGCGGUGCUAUCUCCGCUGCUCUGUUUCACCGCUCCUUCUAAUACAGCGCUAAAUCUCACCGUUUGUCUCAUCAAUCAAUGCUUCGGAUUUUAAAACCUUUUCAAAUCCGGACUGUCCAAAAUAGUUUUAAAUGGUAAGAUUGAGAGCAGUGGGGUAGCUUUUUGUUACUUGUACUCCAAUAUUUUGGAGAUAUAUACUUAUGCGGCUUGUUAACUCACCAAUUUAAUUGUGGUGAAUAUGGUUGUAGUAAUUGCUUGCGGUUAUCCCUAAUCUGUAAUUAGUAGUAGGAUAUUUGCUAUGUAGUUUUCUUGCAACUUCACAGUCUCAUCUCAUUUAUAGUAAUUAGAAUCGCUUUUCACUUUCUUUAUUUAA